AAUUAUUUCUUCUUUGUUCAGCUUCUUUUUAGGAGAAUUGGAGAAGUGCCUUGAAGAUCCAGAAAAACUGGGAUCCCUCUUUGUUAAGCAUGAGAGAAGGUUGCACAUGUACAUAGUUUACUGCCAAAACAAACCAAAGUCUGAGCACAUUGUCUCGGAAUACAUUGAUACAUUUUUUGAGGACUUAAAGCAGCGUCUCGGCCACAGACUUCAGCUCACAGACUUGCUAAUAAAACCAGUGCAGCGAAUUAUGAAAUACCAAUUGUUACUCAAGGACUUCCUCAAAUACUCUAAAAAAGCUAACCUUGACACAACAGAACUAGAGAAAGCUGUAGAGGUCAUGUGCAUAGUACCAAAACGGUGCAACGACAUGAUGAAUGUUGGCCGCCUGCAAGGGUUUGAUGGUAAAAUUGUAGCCCAGGGUAAGCUCCUGCUACAGGACACAUUCCUGGUCACAGACCAAGACACAGGACUUCUGCCACGUUGCAAAGAAAGGCGUGUCUUCCUGUUUGAACAGAUUGUCAUAUUCAGUGAGCCACUAGAUAAAAAGAAAGGUUUCUCCAUGCCGGGAUUCUUGUUUAAAAACAGUAUCAAGGUGAGUUGUCUUUGCCUGGAGGAAAACGUGGACAAUGAUCCUUGUAAAUUUGCACUAACAUCAAGAAUGGGUGAUGUCACAGAGACCUUUGUUUUGCAUUCUGCCAAUCCAGGCAUGCGCCAGUUGUGGAUCCAUGAAAUCAACCAAAUUCUGGAAAACCAGCGUAAUUUUUUGAAUGCCUUGACAUCACCAAUUGAGUAUCAGAAGAACCACAGUAGUGGUGGCGGUGGCAGCAGCAAACGUCUGAACCAGUCAUGACAAGAAUCUUCUCACUGGGCAGGUGUCGAGCCUUCGAAAGCGUCUCUUCUCUUCGGAACAUCACAUUGUUGGGGUGGGGGGGAAGGAAAGGGGCAGUGUCAAAAGAGUUCUUAAAUUUCCUGUCCUCUCCUGAAAUCAGCUUGAAGCAGAAAUUCUUCUUCCUCUGAACUGUUCCUUCACCUGCAUAAAAAGAGGGAGGUAGGGAGGUUAGAAGACCCUAGGUCUACACCAAGGGGUUCUCAUCGUCCUUGCUGAAACCUACCCUUCCCCUCCAUUGCAGGAAAGUGACCUUGUGAUUAGGGGUUGGCUGCAGAGCUCCUCACCCCUCCAGCCUUCCCUCCACUUAGGGAUCUAAAUGUGUUGAACCCUCCAAUAGCUCAAAGGCUAUACCAGACUCCUAAGCCUUCAUACAUAGCCUGACCACUAGAAUAGAGGGAGUGUGGCUUCUGAAAGAGUUACUCGCCUUGUGCAGUAACGGUGGUUCUUUGAGAUGUGUCCCCAUGGGUGCUCCACUCUGGGUGCUGGUGAGUCCUCAUGCCGGCAAUCGGAGACUUUUCUAGCAGUUUCUGCUGCACCGCGCAGGUGUCGCAGCUCCCUCUAGUGCUGUUAGAAUUCUUGGGCAUGUGCGUGACACGGCCCCUCUGUUACUUCUCUACCCGCUAGAGUACAAGGCUCCAAAGCAGGGGAAGGAGGGAGAGUAGUGGAGCAUCCACGGGGACACAUCUCGAAGAACCACUGUUACUACAUAAGAUCUUUCAGUGUAGGAGAUGAAAAGCCUAGGUGAGGCUCACCACAGCUUCGUGUGGUCGACAUAAAACGCCAGUGCUCGUCAGAUGUCAAGAGUGUGCCAUGCAGCCUGGAUUGGGCCGGUGUAAUGCUUUGGAAAGAAGGCAGGUAAUCUUGGCAUUCUGGAGCCAUGAAGGAGCCAGGCGUGGAGGUAGAGCUUGAGAAUGUCUGGAUGGAGAGUCCUCCCAUGGUUCUGCGAUGGAGGUCAUGGUGGAGAGGGAAGGGAUACGGGUCCAUCACCGCCAUUUUGAAGAGGAAUGAGAACAGUUGGCUCCGUCUGCUGCUGAGGAUGGUAGAGAAGGAACGGAGGGCCGUGCUGUGCCUGCGCCCAAGAUUUCCAAAGGCACUAGAGGGCGCUGCAGCGCCUGAGCAGCGCGGCAGAAACUGCUAGAAAAGUCUCCAAUCGCCGGCGCGAGGAUGCACCAGCAUCCAGACUGGAGCUCCCAUGGGAACCACUUGAAGGAGAAGUUGUGUUUGACUGACAGCGUAAACAGUGUUAAGCUGUUUCCGUAUGUGGGAGUGAAACAGACCACCGUAGCCUAUUAGCAACACAUUGCUCUAGAAUUGUAGUGGAAUAGCCCCAAAUGCAAGUGGAAGCAUUUGAACUGGCAGUCAAAGCAAUUACCAAACCCACUUUCAGAUGGUGGCCAGGUGUGAGUAUAUCCAUCAGCCACUAAUCAUUUACCUGAUGAAGCUGAGGCAUCCCUAGAGUUCCUAUUGCUGCAUCCCAGGGGAGAAGAGUUUCCCAUAUAGGAACUGCUGCAAGUGCCAGCGUUUGCUAGGUCCCUGAUGCCAAGCAAACUCCCUGGAGCUCCAAACUCUUCCACUAGAGUCCUUGCUAGCACACUCCCUCUCAGGGCUGGCCCACAACAUUUUGGCACCUGAGGCAGGGAGCUCA